AUGGUCAUUAAUACGAUCCACUGGUUCAGGAAGGGCUUGCGGCUCCACGACAACCCGUCGCUCAAGGAAUCUCUGCUGGGAGCGGAUACAGUCCGCUGCGUCUACAUCCUCGACCCCUGGUUCGCGGGCUCUUCCAACGUUGGGAUCAACAGGUGGAGGUUCUUACUGCAGAGCCUUGAGGACUUGGACUCCAGCCUUCGUAAACUCAACUCUCGACUGUUCGUGAUUCGGGGCCAACCCACUGAUGUCUUUCCCAGACUUUUCAAGGAAUGGAAUAUUUCUCGCUUGUCUUACGAGUACGACUCUGAGCCCUUUGGGAAAGAGCGAGAUGCAGCGAUUAAGAAACUGGCCUCUGAGGCCGGAGUGGAGGUGACAGUUCGCAUCUCCCACACACUCUAUGACCUGGACAAGAUCAUAGAGUUAAAUGGAGGUCAGUCCCCUCUCACAUACAAGCGGUUCCAGACCCUCAUCAGUCGUAUGGAUCCUGUGGAGAUGCCCGCGGAGACCAUCACGGCAGAAAUCAUGAGGAAGUGCACUACGCCGCUGUCCGACGACCACGAUGACAAGUUUGGGGUGCCCUCCUUAGAGGAGCUGGGUUUUGAUACUGAGGGUCUGUCGUCAGCUGUGUGGCCGGGGGGAGAGACCGAAGCCCUGACACGACUUGAGAGGCAUUUGGAGAGAAAGGCGUGGGUUGCCAACUUCGAGCGUCCCAGAAUGAACGCCAACUCGCUGCUCGCCAGCCCAACAGGCCUCAGCCCGUACCUCCGCUUCGGCUGCCUCUCCUGUCGCCUCUUCUACUUCAAACUCACCGACCUCUACAGGAAGGUGAAGAAGAACAGCUCACCUCCUCUGUCACUCUACGGCCAGCUGCUGUGGCGCGAGUUCUUCUACACAGCAGCCACCAACAACCCGUGCUUCGACAAGAUGGAGAGCAACCCUAUCUGUGUGCAGAUCCCGUGGGACCGCAACCCCGAGGCACUGGCCAAGUGGGCGGAGGGCCGGACCGGCUUCCCCUGGAUCGAUGCCAUCAUGACCCAGCUGAGGCAAGAGGGCUGGAUCCACCACCUGGCUCGACACGCCGUGGCCUGUUUCCUUACCAGAGGAGACCUGUGGAUCGGCUGGGAGGAGGGCAUGAAGGUGUUUGAGGAGCUGCUGCUGGAUGCAGACUGGAGUGUGAACGCAGGCAGCUGGAUGUGGCUCUCCUGCAGCUCCUUCUUCCAGCAGUUCUUCCACUGCUACUGCCCCGUGGGCUUCGGCCGACGCACAGACCCCAACGGAGAUUACAUACGGCGCUACCUGCCCAUUCUCAGAGGGUUUCCAGCCAAGUAUAUUUAUGAUCCCUGGAACGCCCCAGAGAGCGUGCAGAAAGCAGCCAAAUGUAUAAUCGGGGUGCAUUACCCCAAACCCAUGGUGCACCACGCAGAGGCCAGCCGCCUCAACAUCGAGCGAAUGAAACAGAUCUACCAGCAGCUCUCCUGUUACAGAGGCCUCGGUCUUUUGGCUACAGUUCCAUCCACGCCCACUGGUAACGGAAACAGCGAGACAGGAUUCCCUGUGGAGGCCUCACGUGACGCUGCAGCUCCUUCUGGCUAUCAGAUGCCUGUUCACUCCCAGGCAGACUGGCAAAGCGGUGUCAUGAUGUACAUGCAGGGCGACCAACAAACCAGCAUUGGAACACACCAGCAGGGUUAUCCAGGUACCAGCUCCAGUGUGAUGUGUUACACUCAAGGCACACAGCAGAUUCCUGGUUCAAUGCAGAAAGGACAUGAACUCCACUGCAGCACGCAGGGCAGCGGCAAACGACACAACGAGGACUCCGGACACGGCAAAGGCUCUAAAGUCCUGAGACAGAGCAGCCACUAGAGCGGAGUGGCUGCAGACUUGCUGUCACUGACACGGUGUACAAAGCCUGACACAAAAUGGACGCAAAGACUUACGUUUUUGUUACAGCACUACACUGUUGCAUGAACACAUCUUCAGCCGAAGAAAUCAAAACCCACCAUUCGACACAUUCACAACUUUGUCAAGUAACAGGACUGUAUAUUAUCAUUUGGACUUCGCGGCCUGGUCCGGUGCUGACGACACUGGAGCGGCUGUUACACUGUGCUUGUAUUUGGGUUAAUAUUGCCAGGACUUGUGUCCUUGUGUAUAUAGUGAAUUUGCUAAUUUCAGCUCACAUACAACUUGUACAUAUUUGGAUAUUGUAUGUGUGUUUUCUCUCUUUGUGUAGCCAUAGACCCAUUGAUAUAUUUUUGAUAUGAGAAAUUAAUUGUGGAUGGAUCUUUUUUUUUUUUUCUUUUUGGAAAAUUUUCAAUACAAAUGAAAACAUUUAUAGACCAUCCAUUCUGAAAAAAAAAAGAAUGGUGAAAAUUCUUGCAUCUAUUGUAAUACAGCUGCCUGUCCGCUCAUUUAUUCCACUUUCCGGUUAUUUCUGUUUUUGAGACAUCUAACGUAUCUAUGGACCACGUUCUCAUCAUUUCAUUUCCCUGUCUGAGUAGUAGUUGACUUGUUUGACUCCAUACCACUGUAGAGGCAAAACCAGUAUGGUGUGAACUAUCAAGUGUUUGCAAAAAAAGGUGACAGGAAUACAGAAUCAUCAUAUCAUGGUGUCCCACCCCCUGUAUAAUCCCCCAAUAAAUGUACCACAGGAGAGAACUGCUUCACUUGCUUCUUGUUUCUUGUCAGUGUUGCUUGUUUAAUUAAAACUUGGUUAAAUAUA